AUGGUGGGGAAGCUCUUACUUUGUGCUGUCGUGCUGCUGCUUUUAACAGGAAGCAAUGCACAGUCCGAUGUGUGUGGCGUUGCUCCGCUCAACAGCAGGAUCGUGGGAGGCGAGGACGCUCCUGCAGGCGCGUGGCCGUGGCAGGUCAGCCUGCACAAAUUAUUCAGGCAUUUCUGUGGAGGGUCGCUGAUCAACAACCAGUGGGUGCUGACUGCAGCUCACUGCUUCACCAGCACAAGCACCUUCGGUCUCACCGUGUAUCUCGGCCGUGACACCCAACAAAGCCAGAAUCCGGACGAGGUGUCCCGCUCCGUGAUUGAGGUCAUCCCACAUGCGGACUACAAUCCCAACACUAACGACAACGACGUGGCUCUGCUGAAGCUGUCGGCGCCCGUGGACUUCACCGACCACAUCAGGCCCGUGUGUCUGGCUGCGGACGGCAGCACGCUCGGUAACGGGACGACCUGCUGGGUCACCGGCUGGGGAACCAUCCGAUCUGAGGUUUCUCUCCCGUUCCCUCAGACGCUGCAGGAAGUGAGCGUCCCCGUCGUGUCCAACGCUCAGUGUAGUGCCUCUUACAGUGUACUCACAAGCAACAUGAUCUGUGCCGGUCUGCAGGAUGGAGGGAAGGACUCGUGCCAGGGUGACUCAGGCGGCCCGCUUGUGACUAAAACCGGCUCUACGUGGAUCCAGGCCGGAGUGGUGAGUUUUGGACGAGGCUGUGCCCUGGCCAACUUCCCGGGAGUCUACGCCCGAGUGUCGCGGUACCAGUCCUGGAUCAUCACCCAGACCAACACCCGGAACACCAGCACCGAGCCGGGCUUCGUCGACAUCCAGCUCAACAGCUCGUCCUCUGGAACCACUCGUCUGGUUUCUCUCUCGCUGCUGCUGUCCUUCCUCCCGGUCCUCUUCUCUCUCUUCGUGCUUACAUAGGAUGAUGGUUGUUGCACCAGUACAGAAUCACUGGACCACUACCUCUCAUUGAUAUCGUUUGUUGCUGGAAUACUACUGUCAGCCACAAGAUUAAUUUUUCCAUACACUUUAAAAUGUACCUGCCAGAAGACAUGAAUGUGUUUAGUCCUAAUUAUGUUAUAUUAAUGAUUUUAAAUAAAGCAUUAAGUGCAACAUUUAAUUAAAAAAUCAUUAAAUUUACCAGUUAUAAU